AGCCACUCAUCGGCGCGGCGCAUGACGGGGCAAAGACCUUUCUCCUCCGCGUUCCUCUGCCCAUGACGUCACGCCAAACUCCCUUGCCGGCCGCUAUAGCAUCUGCACCAACGCAAUUUCGCUCGGCCCGAAGCAACUUUCUUUUCCGUCUUCUCCGGAGUUCUGGCUGGCACUUGGAAAGACCAAUGCGCGUUUUGGAUCCGCGCGUUUUCCGCCAAUUGGAGGGCUGGGGGGGCGGUGUUUCUGGAGUGGCCCACCCAGCGCUCAGCUGAGCAUUGGAGUCCGGCAACGGCCCCCUGGGAGAGGAGGCGUGCUUGGUUUUUUUUAAAGAGCCAGUAGCGGAAGAAAGUUGCGGGCAGAGUUUCCUUGAGGAGGGGGGGGCGCUUCUUCGGGCUCCCUGAUUGGUCCUUGUCCGGCCCCUUCAGGGUUGGCAAGCAGAGCGCCGCGCCUUGGUUGGGGCCGACCGUCUGGGGAGCCUCUGGCCGCAGAAUGGAGCAGGCAGCGCCUAAAAGCAAGCUUAAAAAGCUCAGUGAAGACAGCUUGACUAAACAGCCUGAAGAAGUAUUUGAUGUCUUGGAGAAGCUUGGUGAAGGGUCUUAUGGCAGUGUUUUUAAAGCAAUUCAUAAGGAAUCGGGACAAGUCGUAGCAAUUAAACAAGUCCCCGUUGAAUCAGAUCUACAGGAAAUAAUUAAAGAAAUUUCCAUAAUGCAACAAUGUGACAGUCCUUUUGUUGUCAAGUACUAUGGCAGCUAUUUUAAGAACACUGACCUCUGGAUUGUUAUGGAGUACUGUGGAGCUGGUUCUGUCUCUGACAUAAUUAGAUUACGAAAUAAAACGCUUACAGAAGAUGAAAUUGCAACCAUUCUUAAAUCUACCCUUAAAGGACUUGAAUAUUUGCACUUCAUGAGAAAAAUACAUAGAGAUAUAAAGGCUGGGAACAUUCUCUUGAAUACUGAAGGGCAUGCCAAGUUAGCUGAUUUUGGAGUGGCUGGACAGUUAACUGAUACAAUGGCUAAACGCAACACCGUCAUAGGUACUCCAUUUUGGAUGGCUCCAGAAGUAAUACAAGAAAUUGGUUAUAACUGUGUGGCAGACAUCUGGUCCCUUGGUAUUACUUCAAUAGAAAUGGCUGAAGGAAAGCCACCAUAUGCUGAUAUUCAUCCAAUGAGGGCAAUAUUUAUGAUUCCCACAAACCCCCCGCCAACAUUCCGGAAGCCAGAGCUUUGGUCUGAUGAAUUCACCGACUUUGUGAAGAAAUGUUUGGUGAAGAAUCCUGAGCAGAGAGCUACCGCAACUCACCUUCUGCAGCAUCCUUUUAUUAGAAAUGCCAAGCAAGUCUCAAUUUUGAGAGACCUGAUUAUUGAAGCUAUGGAAAUUAAGACCAAAAAGCAUGAAGAACAGCAGAGGGAACUGGAAGAAGAGGAUGAAAACUCGGAUGAAGAUGAGCUGGAUUCCCACACCAUGGUGAAGACUACAUCUGAUACUGCUGGUACAAUGAGGGCUACAAGUACUAUGAGUGACAGUGCUCAGACCAUGAUUGAACAUAACAGCACCAUGCUAGAAUCUGAUUUGGGGACCAUGGUAAUAAAUAGUGAUGAUGAUGAUGAAGAAGAUGAAGAUGGAACCAUGAAAAGAAACGCUACAUCACCACAGGCUCAACGACCUUCAUUUAUGGACUAUUUUGAUAAACAGGAUUCCAAAAAUAAGGCCCAUGAAAACUGCAACCAGAAUAUACACGAAUCUUAUCACAUAGCGAAGAAUAUUUUCCCUGAUAACUGGAAAGUUCCCCAGGAUGGUGACUUUGAUUUUUUAAAAAACCUAAGUUUGGAAGAGCUGCAGAUGAGAUUAAAAGCUUUAGAUCCAAUGAUGGAGCGUGAAAUUGAAGAGCUUCGUCAAAGAUAUACUGCUAAAAGACAACCAAUUCUGGAUGCUAUGGAUGCAAAAAAAAGAAGGCAACAAAACUUCUGAUUUUCUUAAGAAGAUAAUGAUACGAGUUGAUGUGGACACUGCGAGAGUCUUCAUAACUACAGUUUUUGAAAGGCGAGUCAUUUGAGCUUUGCAACAACUCAAGCAGAAGGACAAAAGGAAAGCACGCUAAAUGUCCUUGAGCCCAAGUGAAAAAUAUGUUCUGUUUUUCAUGUUUUGAUACAAUAGAUGUUUCACAUUCCUGAUCUCUUUCAGCAGUGUUUCAGUAAUGCUGGGUGUUAUGCAGUAAUGACUUGGGGUCCUAGUAAGACUUCAAGCUAUUUCAAAUUUUCCAAUUAAUGCAGAGCUUUAAGUGGCAAUGUAUGCGCCUAUCAUUUAAAGGCAUAUUUAUUCCACAUGCUUUGGUGAUUUAUUUAUUUUUAUGCUUGAUGCUUCUUAACUAUAAAUGGUGCUUGCAGUUAGUGGAAGCCAGGGCAGAGUAAGUUAAGUGUAUGUUAAUGGUCACACUCUAAAUGGAAUGUAUUGCUGUAUUAAGGGCUGACUCAGGUAGAGUAUUAGCUCCAGCUGGUUUGUAAGCACACACAUGGGUCUCAUGGGGUUUUGAUUCAGGAGCUUGAUGUUGAGUGUAGAGAAAUACUUACAUAAGGAUGAGCAUGCAGCCUACUCCUCUACUCUCUCGGGCAUCUCUCUUUGAAAAUAACAGGGUUCUGCAGUCUUAAGCAAAUCCUUUUUCCAGGGAAAUUGCACUGGAGAAAUUCCAAGUGGGUUUUGUCUUAAGCCUGUCCCUUUCACAUACAAUAGGCAGGAUCUUACAAUGUAAGAAACAAGUGCCUAUAUACUGAGUUUUCUGUCUCUCCUUCCCACCUCCCUCCCUCCUCCUUUUCUUUUUAAAAUAGAAAAAUGCAGAUCACUGAGUUUAUGGUGCAUAUUUCUAUCUAUCACUCUUUUUCAUUUUGCAUAAUUUUCAGUAUUUCCUUUGGCUUCAUAAUAAAGGCUAUCUUAUAAUUUGCUUACCUAUUUACUCCACUUACCCUUUCCCCUUAUUUUAUAGAAAUUUGGAAAUGUUUUUCUAUUACAAACACACUGAGAAACACUAAUUGAAAAGCCAAAGAAAAUUACUCUGAUUCCAACAUUUCUUUCAUGUUUUCUCUUUGUUUUCUUUAAUUUUUUUCCUGAUAGUUUCCCCUUCAGCAGCUCUUCUUUGUAAUCAUUUCCAUGAUAAUAAGUUCAUUCCUGUAGCUAUCCCAGUACUGUUGUGUAGAUAUUUUUAUCUGUUAUCUUAUGUGCUUUCCUGGAAAUAUGCUCUUUAAAUUCAAUUUCCUCAAUAUGCUAUAGCAUUCCCCCAUUUUUCAUUUAUUCUUCUGUCUAAUAUGUGAAAUGUAUUGUAUUGUCUAUAUUAAUAGCUACUUUUGUAUGCUUAUGGAAUCUAUUUUGUAAGUCAUAUUACAAUUAUGCUAAGAGGGCCACAGAUUUAUUUUGUCCUUACCUUCCCCCUUGCCACUAAUUUGCAUGUUAAGAUUCUGGAUUUUAGUGAAUUAUUUAUUUUAUUAUGUGUUUCAGUCAUUGUGAGCCACUAAAAUUGUGCACUGAAAACUGGAAGACCACAAUGUAUUCUGAAAAGCCUUAAAAUAUUUGAAAUAAAUUACCAUUCCUUUAUAUUUCAGCUGAGAACAAUUUUACCAUGUGUAUGAAUACACAUGCAUA